AAGAUGGCGGCGCCCUGUACCACAACGUGAGGCUAGUGAGGAUGUUUACCUAUAACCAUUAAGAUGUCGCGAUUAAUUGUAAAGAAUCUCCCUAACGGGAUAAAAGAAGACCGAUUUCGAGACCUGUUUGCUGCUUUUGGGACUUUGACAGACUGCACUCUAAAAUAUGCAAACGAUGGUAAAUUCCGUAAAUUUGGCUUUAUUGGUUAUGGCUCAGAAGAGGAGGCCAAAGCAGCACUUAGCCAUUUCAACAAAAGCUUCAUUGACACAUCCCGUGUAUCUGUGGAAAUCUGCAAAUCAUUUGGAGAUCCUUUGAAGGCCAAAGCGUGGAGCAAAUACUCGAAAAAAGAAGCCAAAGAAUCUGCCAAAAAUCAGGAUGCAAAGCAGUCAUUAAAUGACAAUAAAACGAAAAAGAAGAAUGCAACUUUGGAGGAACUGGAAAAAGACAGUGGCUUCCAAGAGUUUCUCACAGUUCAUGAGAGCAGAAGCAAAACCGCUACCUGGACUAAUGAUACAAAGGUGGAGGCUGUACAGAAAGCAAAGAGCCGCUCAGAGGAUGAUUACCUGAAUUUUGAUUCUGCAUCUGAGCAGGAGACAGACGAUGAGAAUGAGGAUGAUUCAGAAAAAGAUCGAAAGCUUGCUCUGCAGAACGAAGUUUCUGACAUGGAGUACCUUAAGUCCAAGGUAGUACAAGAUGGCUCAUCUGUAAAUAAGAGCGAAUCGGAGCAAAAUGAAAAAAAUAGCAAAGAAAUGGAUAAAAAUACUCAAGGUGGCAACUGCAAAAGUCCACAAUCUUCUCUAAAGAACAAAGUCCUAAAGAAAGAGAAACCAGUUGUUCAGAAUGAGCCCACAACUCCAUAUACAGUUAAGCUGAGGGGAGCACCCUUUAAUGUAACUGAACUAAAUGUGCGUGAAUUUCUGCUGCCACUGAAACCAGCUGCAAUUCGAAUAGUGAGAAACUGCUACGGUAACAAGACUGGUUAUAUCUUUGUGGAUUUGAAAAAUGAAGAGGAGAUUCAGAAAGCACUUAAGAAGAACAAGGACUAUAUGGGUGGAAGAUACAUAGAAGUGUUUCAGGUUGAGCAAGCAAAGGACACUUCAUUCUCAGAGAAAGUACAAAGUAGACCAUGGGAACAGAAGAAGAAUGAUUCUGAGCUGCAGGAGGACUUAUCAGAAUCUGGAAGACUGUUUGUCCGAAAUCUGCCUUAUAGCUGCACUGAGGCAGAUCUGGAGGCACUGUUCUCCAAAUACGGACAAAUCUCUGAGAUCCAUUUUCCCAUUGACAAGCUAACAAAGAAACCAAAAGGCUUUGCCUUUGUUACGUUUCUUAUCACAGAACAUGCUGUAAAAGCCUACGCAGAAGUUGAUGGACAGAUAUUUCAGGGCCGGAUGUUGCACAUUCUUCCAUCUACAGUAAAAAAAGAAGAGGAAGCUGAAGGGUCUACAGAAUCCUCAGGAUACAAGAAACAAAAGGCUCAGAAGGAAAAAGCCAAUAGCUCCAGUUCCCACAACUGGAAUACGCUGUUCAUGGGCACCAGCUCAGUGGCCGAGGUGAUCGCUCAGAAGUACAAUACUAGCAAAAGCAAAGUGUUGGACCAUGAGGGAAAGGGAAGUGUAGCUGUAAGAGUUGCUUUGGGAGAGACCCAGUUAGUACAAGACGUUCGUCAGUUCCUGAUUGAAAAUGGAGUCAGUCUGGAUUCUUUUGGCCAGGCUUCUGGAUCACGCAGUAAAACUGUGAUCUUAGUGAAAAAUCUCCCAGCUGGUACCCAGGUUUCAGAACUACAGGAAGUGUUUGGGCGGUUUGGAGACCUAGGAAGGGUGUUGCUGCCAGAAGGUGGCAUAACUGCCAUUAUGGAAUUCACUGAACCAACUGAAGCCAAGCAAGCCUUCCAUAAAUUGGCAUAUACAAAGUUUCAACAUGUACCUCUGUACCUGGAAUGGGCUCCCAUGGAUGUGUUCAACACCCCACCUGCAGGGAAGAAAGCUGAACUGGUAAAUGAGGACAAGACAGCAGAGGGAGAUAAAGGUGACAUUUCCACAGGACGUGAAGAAGCUCAGACUGACAUAAAAAGUGAAUCUGAGGAGGAAGAAACACUUCCUGGAUGUACAUUAUUUAUUAAAAACCUAAAUUUUACAACCAGUGAAGAAACACUUAGGGAGGUAUUUUUGAAAAUUGGGCCUGUGAAAUCUUGUAGCAUUUCAAAAAAGAAAGACAAACAAGGUAAUCUCCUAUCUAUGGGCUUUGGUUUUGUGGAAUAUAAGAAGCCCGAACAAGCACAAAAAGCUCUCCGACAGUUGCAACAUUGCACAGUAGAUGGACAUCAGUUGGAAGUCAAACUGUCUGAACGGGCAACUCAAGCAAAGGUGUCGACUGAACGUAAAAAACAGACAAGCAAAAAACAGAAGACCUCAAAGAUUCUGGUUCGAAAUGUUCCCUUCCAGGCUACUGUUAAGGAAAUCCGAGAGCUGUUCAGCACUUUCGGUGAACUGAAGACUGUACGUCUACCAAAGAAGAUAGCUGGCACAGGAACACAUCGUGGUUUUGGCUUUGUGGACUUUGUAACAAAACAAGAUGCUAAGAGAGCAUUUAAUGCACUUUGUCACAGUACACAUUUAUAUGGACGAAGGCUGGUUCUGGAAUGGGCAGACACUGAGGAGAGUUUGGAGGCUCUGAGGAGAAAAACUGCAGAACAGUAUCAUGGUCCCCCAAAGAAGAAAAGCAAAGCUGCUGGGCUGAUGGAUGAUUUCAUGGAGAGCCUAGAGCCAGAUGAUCCAGAUGCAUAAUAUGUUUUCUAGAGUCUGUCGUCAUUCAAAUUACACCUGUUGAAGAGGUGACUCUGAGCUCUUGUGACAAGGCUUUUAUAGGACGUUGACGGACCUUUAACAAACUGCUGGACUUUUUA